AUGGCCACAACCAACAUCUUCGAAUCCGCCUUCCCCCAACAAGCCCAACAAGGCCACCGCGCCACCGACUCCCCCCACCGCAAAAUCGAACUGCAAUCCCCGCAGGACCUGACGUACCUCAUCGCCAACGUCUCGCGCGCCGCGAGCGAGAAACUCGACCGCCACUUACCCCCCGACGCGCCCGAGGGCGAUUUGCGCCAGCGCGUGGAAGUUCUGGUGCAGGCGUAUGUCGCGGAGACGUUUGAGCGGGCGAAGGAUUCGAUUGUCGUGAAUGGGAUUGAGGCAAGGGAGGUGGAGUUGGGGGAGGCGGGGAAGGGGGAGGAAGGUGAGUUAUGCAAGAGCAUAUAAAGAUGGGGGGACAGACCGAGAGAGAAGAGAGAGAGGAAUUGAAGGAUUUCAAGAAGUCUUCUCGGCUGACGAUAAUGUUUUCUUUUUCUUUCCCCUUCACAGAACUCGAGUCCUUCGACGCCAAACUCGCGCAGAAGAUCCAAUCCCUAGCCGCACAGAUCGAACGCGAGACGCUAUACCUCGCGAACAAGCGGCGGAGAGCACCCCAGGAGACGGCGAGGAAUUUUUUGGCAGCGUUCGAGGAGCAAGGAAGGGUGUGGGAUGCGAAGCUGGAACGGGAGCAGGAGGUCCGGGUGGCAGCUGCGCGGAAGACGGAAUUGCAGGUCGGGAGGGUGGAGAGGGUGGGGGAGAUGCAGAGUGCGUGGGUAAGAGGGAGGGAGGAUUUGGCUGGGUUGAAGGGGGGGAUGGAGGGGACGCUGGAGAGGAUGGAGAGGGCGAGGAAGGCGGUUGAGGCGGUGGAGAAGUAG